AUGUCCUCUCCUCCCACCAUCCCCUCCUCCCUCCUCCCCCGCCUCCCCAAGUCCCAGUACACCCUCCACCCCCUCCUCCCCGCCGACCUCCUCAUCCUCAUCGCCCACCUCCGCACCCUCUACCUGCCCCCGAUCCAUGGCGGGUUCCAAGCUGCCGACGUGCUUGAUGACGGUGAUGGGUCGGAGCAUUAUGGUGGAGGAGAGCAAGGGAAGGAAAGGGUCAUUCAAGAAAGGAAAGAGACGCGGGAGAAGAAGAGGGAGAGACGGUUUAGCGCGGGGCUGGUGGAGACGAUGGGAGGUAUGGGGCUGGGGCUUGAUGUGCCGUUGACAGCAGCCCCGGAGCACCCUAUCGUCGAGGAUCAAGAAGCAGAGGAAAAAGAAGAUGAGAUUGAAGGAGAAGAGGCCGCCGAGUCGUACGAGUUCGAGCAGGAGGAAGAGAAGCCUCAUCUCGAUCCAUUCGAGCGAGAGUGGUCUGAAAAGUGGCUCAAUGGACUUGUACGAAGAAGCCAGGGAUGGCUAGAGGAGAAUGGGGAGAACGAGGACAAUUUGGCCGAGAUCAAGGAGGUAGAAGCUGUACUGCGAGACGCUACGGCUGUCCUUGCGAUGAUGGCUGGUACCAGUGCUGCUGGGUCUUUCACUCGGCAUCUCGUCUUUCCCAUGGCAGAGUAUCUUGGGCCAGCUCUCUCUCAAGUGCGUGCCAAACUGGAGGCCAACCCCCUGCACUCUCCCAGCACGUCCACAUUCCUCGCGUCCUUCUCUCGAUCUCCCACAUCUCCCCUCACCCUCACUCAGCAUCUCCCCUCGUCUCCCACUGCUACCCGAGGUAACCUCUCCGUCUCUCCUACGUCUUCGCGCCGUACAAAAUACCCUCUACUGCCUAUUCUUCUGCAUGACGCGCCCAUGAACGACCACUUGUCUGUCGGCGUCCAAACGUGGGGCAGCGCCAUCCUCCUGGGCCGACAAAUAUCUCUCCACCCCGCCGACUAUGGUCUCUUCCUCCCCCCUUCCACCAGCCGCGGCGUGCGCGUACUCGAGCUCGGUGCCGGUACUGGCCUCUUAUCCAUCUUGGGCCGAAAGCUGCUCGACCUCCACGCUGUCGCAGAAAACACCCACCCAGGACUCGUAGUCGCCACAGACUUUCUCCCCUCUGUCCUCGACAACCUCAAAGUCUGCGUCGACCUCAACUUCCCCCCAGCCAUCACCGACUCGGGCAUCCACUCUGCCACCGACAUUUCCCGCGAUACCGGGAUUCACGUCGCUAAGCUCGACUGGACCACAUUCCCUGCAUUCAUGGCUAGCGGCCAGAGAGAAGGGGACGAAGAGACGGCACUGUUUGUUAGAGAUGGGCCGUUUGAUUUGGUGUUGGCGAGUGAUUGUGUGUAUGAUGAGACGCAUGCGCGGUUGCUGCGCGAGGUUGCCGUGUGGGUGUUGAGGCUGCCUGAAGGUGAAGGCGACCAAGGAGGGACUUUUCACAUCUUGUCUCCACUUCGACCGACGUUCCAACCCGAGAUCGAAUCCAUCGUCCAAUUCUUCCCUCCCCACUCCACCUACACCCCUCUCGCCGAACGUCAAGCCGCAGCCUCUUCCGCCUCCUCUUCCAUCCCUCCCGAACUUCGCGGCGAAGGUCUGGGUACAGCAAGAGGUCUCAAGCUCGGCACUCGAGGCGACGGGAAACGCGCAGUCAAAGGACGGAAGGGCGAAGGGCGGACGGACGAGGCGUUGGGUUAUUGGUGGUGGGAAGUUGGAUGGGCUUAG